CUGCUGCUGACCGACCGGUACUACGCGACUCUGCUCUGCUACCCUGCACGAAAAGGCCCCGAUUUCUCACCCAUUUCCUCUCCUCCCCUCAUAAGAAGAAGCUUCCUCGUCGCCUCCUCCUCCUCCUCCUCCUCCUCCGUCAACCGAAAAAUCCAUCCCCCUUUGAGGUCCUGGGUCACUGCCGCGCUAAGCAACACGGCCAACCGCAGCGCGAAUCCCCCGAAGAAAAAGGCUUCGUUUCGGGAACCGCCGCCCGUCGUUGGUCUCUCGCUGUCGGAGUUCGGCGGCGGAGGGAGACGGAGCGACGGGUCUAGGUGGUGUAGCUGAGGAGGUGAGGACCGGCGGAAGCGGCUGGCUGAGUAAGCGGACCAAGAGGAGUUCCGGAAGAGGAAUCCAUUCCAAUCAUGGACUCGGAGCACUGGAUCUCGCGCCUCGCCGCCGCCAAGCGCUUCUACGCCGCGCAGCUCGGCCACAUCGACGAUAUGGCGGGGAUGGGGAUGGGGAUGGGGAUGGAGGAGGUGGACAUGGACAUGGAGGACGACGGGGAGAUGGACAUGGAGAUGGAGAUGCAGCUGGAGGAGGCAAGAUGGCCGGAGGUCGCCUGCCCCUACUGCUACGAGGACUACGACCUCGGCUCCCUCUGCGUCCACCUCGAGGAGGACCACCCCUACGAGCCACACCCCGCGCCUUGCCCCAUCUGCUCUGAAAAGAUUACAAGAGAUAUGCUAAAUCAUAUCACCAUGCAUCACGGUUACUUGUUCAAGAAUGGCAGCCGGUUGCGCAGAUUCGUUAUUCCCGAGCGCCGUGCACUUUCUUUACUGAGCCGAGAUCUACGUGAUGCUCAUUUGCAGGCGCUUCUAGGAGGCGGUCAUAGUCAUAGGUCAAGGAACACCACCACCACCACUACAAAUAUUUAUGCUGAUCCGCUGCUUUCAUCGUUUGGCCUGGGCUUUGCAACAUCAGAUGCCGAGGAGCCAUCAAAAUCAUCAGUUCCGGUUCUUGAUGAUACUUCACUUCUUAAGGAGGCGCCUCCUCAACCUUGGGAAUCAAGUAUCGACUCGUCCCUCACAAGCGAGGAAAGGGAACAAAAGCGGAAACAAGCCACUAGCAGGGCGACCUUUGUGCAAGACCUGGUCCUCUCCACUUUAUUUGGAGACGACUGAGUGCUCAAAUGGCCCUACAUUUUCCUUGUUAGAUGGGUGCUUCCUUCACGCUGAUUCAGAUAGAACUGCAGCACUCUGCCUUGAGUUGGUCAAUCUUAACUUGGGCGACAGGGAGAAGUGCGUCUGGUGGUGCACCGUUUCUUCGUGUCAGUCAAGUGCGGAUUUUAUUUGGGCUUGACACAUACACCUUAAUUUAUGGUAGCUUGUCCCGUAUUUCUCUUUGUCGCCGCAUUAUCGGACAGCGGUUCCUUGCCUUGUACCAUCCUUUUCAUCGUCAAGGGACAAUCGUCUGUACCAACAUCACAGGGCUGUUACAUACGCUACACAAUGCAAUGAGAAAUAUAGAAGUUCCACCUGUGUGGAAGAAAUAAGCAGAACUCAGGUCCUUGUAUGUCACACAAGUGUUGUGCUAUGGACAAGGAAUGUGUGGUGAGGAUGGUGUUGCUCUUUGUGUGAACGUUAACUGCUGUGGAUUUCCACACGCUGACAAUGGUAACUGGCAAUGGGAAUUCCACGCUGAGUCGCUGAA